CUGCGAGCUAAAAAGAACAGUAGCCAGCUCCACCUCCCUAAGAACUGGAAUUAUUUCCUCUGCAAGUUUCCAAGAUUUGGCUGGCAUAUCUAGGACCCUUGCUUCUUGUGGUUUGGUCAGAGAUUGAUCAGACAACACCGCAACGACUGGCCAACGCAACAGCGACAGACGCUCCAACAUGUAACAUGUGGAGUUCCAUCAGGUAGACACAUCCUGAAUCAAUCCUUUGCCAUGAUGUUCAGACGACAGCAUCUCUUUCACUUUAGUGCGAAGACCAUUUGUUGCCAGACUGGACAUUUUAAAAUGCCCCACUAGCCUCCUGGCAGCAGCAACCAUGUUUUCGAAAGGCUGGUCAACCCCCUUUUUCAUCGCAUCUCCAAUCGACAAAUUCAGACUAUGUGCCGCACAGUCGAUAUUGAAGGCUAUCGGUCUGUCUUUUGUGCCAUUGAUCAUCUGGCCGGCAAGAUUAACAUUUGCAGCAUUGUCGUGAAUGCAGGCAAACACGCGAUGUUCAAGGCCAAAUUCUUUCAUCGUGUUGUUCACCUCAGCGGCUAAAUUCACCGCGGUAUGACGAUCAAGGCUUGCUCUUGUCGCAAGGACUUUGCACGUCAUUUCCCAUUCACGAAGGAAGUGCACUACACAAGAAAAAAUAGAUAAAUUAAUUCACAGAGCAAAACAGGUAUAGAUUGAAAGCUACAAAGCAGAAAUUUGUGACUUACCGGUAAUUGUGCAAUAACUAUCCUGCGCCAUACUGGUCCAGCCGUCAGUAGUGAUGGAGAUGUCAGAUUUCAAUUUUUCUAGCUCGCUCUUCAGAGUUUGUAUGCCUGCAGUGUGUCGAAGCAUGACCAGUUGACGGAUCGUUUCUCGUUUUGGGAUUUGGUAGGUUGGCCAUGCAUGCGCAAUGAGAUUACGGAACCCAGUAUCUUUUACAAUGCUAAAUGAACGCAAAUCUUUAACACAGACGUUGGCAAUAUGCGCAGUGAUCUCUUUUGCUUUGCCUCCUGAUAGGUCAAUCUUCUUUUGAAAGAAGCUUGUUACCGAUGAACAGCCAGCGCUAGUUGAUGCGGUUGGUUGGUAAACAUUUGAAUGGCGUCUAAUAAGGUGUUCUCGAAGAUUUGUUGUAUUGCCAUGUCGGCGAAUUGUCGCGUCGCAGUGUUUGCAUUUCGCUGAUGUUUGAUUCUCGGCAACAAAAUGGUUCCAGACGUCGCUUCCUCUUCGAGACAUGAAAUAAAAACAAAAAACUGUGCGACAAAGCACAAGUUGAGUGUCUCUCAAAGACUCCAACUAACUAAACUCUUGUAAAUAUUUUCGCAGUACUGCUGGUGAAUCUCGCACGUUAGUAGUGACUGACAUUUGACUCACGAUGUUUUGAAGCAACGCACGCAAGUUCCUUUGUUAUUUGAUCGCAAUUUUGUCGCAUUUUUUUAAUCCGGAAAGAAAAUUCUGGCAUCACGCUGCGAUAUAAGCUUGUUAUGGAUGAUCCGAUUGUUGUUAAGCAUAAUCGAUUUCGGAAAAAUAAUCGAUUAAUCGAUUAAUCGGGAGCAGCUCUAAAUAGAUGAAACACAGAUAUGUGGUUACCUUCACAUGAUCUCCGUGCAUGAAUCGUAUAUCAAUUGACAUUUUUUUGUUUGGAAGAGUUUCGGAUUGCCAGAUUUGUGAAUGUUGAAUACGCAGUCAACACUGACACCAAGACCAAUACGUUUCGUGAUAUACUGUGGAGAAGCUGAAAGAACAAUUUUUGCAAUUUUUCCACCAGACAAUUCCAUAAACUGUGUGUUCAAAGAUUUCUUGGUGCUUUUAUUAUUUUCUCUGGUAUUUUUUAUUAAAACAACUAUGUCUAUGUUCUGUUGGAGUACGCAUUUUGAGGAUACAGGUGAGCAAGAGAGCAUAAAGGUGAGUAUUUUAGUCCUUGUCACAAUCGUAAGGUAUUAGAGAAGAAAAUAUAGUACAUAUUUGGUAAAUGUAUAUAGUACAGUACAUUCUUGUUAUUUGUGGCUAAUAAUAUAAUACUUUGUAUCACUUGUCUAAAAUUUGAGUUCUGAAUAUUACAGAUUUAUAAUUUUAUAUCUUCCUCAAAAAAAUAGAGAUUGCGACUUAAUGCCCAGGACUUUAUGCUCUCUUGUAAACCGUUGCAGGUGGUUGUUUGUCCACAGAAAAUAAUUUGUACAGUAUGUUCCAAUUAGGGCAUGUAGAGUUGUACUGUUUGAAACUCUAGACAACAAAGCCAAAGGGCAAAGUAUUUAUUGGAUAGUUUUUUGACGAAACGUUUCUAUGUAAGAAAGGUACUUACAGCCACUUGUAAGAAAGGUGUCUCCAAGCAGUCCGCUAAGGGACAGCAGUCCAAGGAGAAACGAUCAUAGGAUAGAAUUUGCGAUUGUACCAGGGAAUGUCACAAAUAUAGCUGAAAAGCUAGAAUUGCUCCAAGUCUCUCUAGCUGUGGGGAGGAGGGACAAGGGAAAAAGUCUUCUGAAAAGUACCGUGUGCCUGAAAAUUAAUCUGGAUCUGAAACAAAAACAUGAGACUAACCUCAAAUUACUUUAUUGAAGAGCGAUUUUAAGCUGUAGUUUUCAAGCGUAAUACAGUUUACUGCUUUUUGUAGCGGCAAGAUUGCGUCGAUGAACUUUUAUUCGACUGCUAUGAGUCAUUGUAGGGCUUUAGGUCGUUUUAAAAGCCUUAACAAUUGUUGAUGGUUGCACAGAACGUAAGGUGUAGUUUUACAUAACACAUAUUAAGAAUAAUGAACAUGAUUGAGUGUGGUUGACAAUCGGUUCAACUCUGAAUAAAAGCCAAUGCUCGAAGCAGCUCGUCUCGCCAUUCUUGUGAACGGUAUUUACCGAAGAUCGUCAUGGGUGUGGCGAACGUGCUACCCUCUCUUGUGAAAAAAUGUUGACCGCCCUACAUUUGAAAUUCUACGCAAUGAGAUUUAUUUAUUUAUGUUUAUUUAUUUAUUUAUUUAGUAACUUCCCCUUGUACACACUAUCAUAAUAUAACAUAAAUAACUAGAAAACAUUAAGUUAAUGAAUAAUUACGAUAAACUCUAAAAUGACUAAAACAGUACAGUUCCUACAUACAGCACAACAGUUAGACUUCGGAAUCUCGCAGAUUUUAAUUUGCAUUGUAUGUGAAUUUGAGAAAGUGUUGUUUAUUAAAAACGCGUGACCACCUCCUGCCAAUGUUUUUCCUCCUCAAGGGAGAAGACCUUGGGCACGAGUUUCACUCUGGACAAAUAGUUUUCUAACUAUCUGUUAUAAAUAAAGUUAGUUUUGUUUGUAGUUGAGAUUCAUCCUUCUUCCAACACUGAGAGAUAGAUCAGAUCUUAUUUUUAGUACAGAACCUUUAAUUACUUACCAAAAUUAUUUAUUUCCACACCUUGUCAAAAAUGCAAGGUGAUCCUUAGUUAGAGUAUUGCCCCCUAAUGAUGAACAUAUUUUUUAGGAGACUAGAUGGCGAUUAUUUAUUUGUAUAUUACAUAUGAUAUUACAAAAUUCUUGAUGCAGAUUCCACUUUAGUUACCGUUAUCCCAAGAUUUUUAAAUGAUAUAUUCUUUCAUUCCAUUACCAAGUGUUGCUAUAUUGUGAGAUGAAAUAGGUUGUUCAAUGCUCAGUUUUUCCAUCCAGAGAAAAGGGCGGGGAAGUUCAGUGCUAAUUUCACCCUUUAGGUGACUUUGCGUCCUACUUUGUUAUUCGAAUCUUUCUACCUAUGUAUUGUGUUAGCCCUUUAGGUGGCAUUGCACACCACUGCGUGUUACUCCAGGGUGUUAGCCAGAAUAUUAAAAAUUCGGCAAUUUAAUGAAAUAGGGAAUUUCAGUUCGCUUGUUAAGGAAUAUCGUAUUUCUUAAGUAACGUUCUCGUGGCCUAGUGCCAGAUAAGCUAAAUUGAAACUUUUGAAGGGCAAGUCGCCUGACAUUGUACUAAAAACAGGCAAAUAUAUAUUUUAGGCUACAUGACAUCCUCGCAACACUUAUCUGGUACCCAAUUUUUCUUCUUUUUUUUUUCUUUUUUUCUUUUUUUUUUUUUUUCCCAAUUUUUUUUUUUUUUUUUUUUUUUCUUGUUUUGAAAGUUGAACAAUCUUUUAUUUAUUACAUAAAAGUUAUGUUUUUGGCUGAUCUAACUAUCUGCCAAACCCGAACCGACUUGACCUCGUAUCACCAACUCGAACCGACUUGACCUCGUGGCUCAGUUGGCAGAGCAUUUGACUAGUAUCCCAAAGGUCGCGGGUUCGAUUCCCACCGUGGCCAAGCAAACUUUUCAGAUUGCCCGGUGUGGAUGCACACUCAGAGUAACAUCACAAACAUCAUAUUCACCUGAGUACAUAACACCAACACACAAAAAGUAUCAUGAAUUGUGAAAUUGCUGGCUAAACGUAAUUGUGACAACGGCGUAUAACGCCGAAUUUUUUACUCUAGCUAACACCCUGUACUCUAAUAUUUUACCCUGUCAGACCGCCAGACGAUUUUACUCGGAAUCGUGCCAACACUCAAUGCAUUGACAAUCAUGCUAGCAUUGAAGUAUAAUUGACAUUAGUAUUCUUCAUUUCUUGCUUUUGUUACAUGUGAAUAUUAUCUAACAUUACAUUUCGUGUGUAUUUUCUUUCCACCAACAGACCUAUAGUCCCAAUGGAGUACAUGGGAAACAUAUAUUUUACGUUAAAGAAUUUAGUUAUAAAAGCAGAAAGAAGAAUUCUUAAGGUGAUUUGAAGCAUUUUGUGUACUGAGCACGUAAAUAAUGGCUGGCGAAAAAUUCCCUUCCCAUUCCCAUUCAGUACCAGGGGGAGGGGAGGCAUUUUGCCCCGGUCCCCAGCUCAGAAGGGCCAACCAAAGUCGCUAAAUGUUCUUGAUACAAUACUGUUUAACCGAGAAUAUAAAUCCAAGUUGCGUCAUUGCCGGAUAAUAUGCAAUGAAGUGCAAUGUAUACGGCCAAAAUCUUUACAAAAGGAUACCAUUCAGUUGCCACACAUGUCUUUUACCGCUUCUGUGACACGAGUUUGAUAACUGCUUGUGCAAUUUUCUGCAUUCUAACGGUUUAUGUUGUCUGCACAUCUACUUUCUUUGGAGACACCAUUUGCCUUCUGACAAAUCGGAAAAUGAUCAAGAUAGUGACUCUGAUUGAUUGAUUGAUUGAUUGAUUGAUUGAUUGAUUUACAUAUUGUAUUGACAUAUAUGACUGUUGACAGUUUAGUCUUCAAUAUUUGAGCGAGUCCCAUUAUUACACAACCCUUGAGUUUUUGUUUUUCAUUUACCCAACCUUUUAUUCACUAUUGAUUUUGUAUACCCAACCCUUCCUCUUUGAUGAUCAAGCCAAAUACAGUAGUUCACAAUAGGCACUAAGUGCUCAAUUUAUUUUAUUACAACACAUUUAGGAACUUGGUUUCUGUGUUCAUGUAAAACACCCUCACAAAGUGGUCAUUACUUUUCUACAAGUUUUGGAAAGCGAGAAAAACCAACAAUUAGCUCAGUUAGCUUGGUAUGUUGAGAUAUUUUAUACAUUUCAAUUUGGAAGUUUGAGACUUGACAGACUGCAUUAUAAAUCUUUCAUGCUAUUGAUUUUCAUAAUCUCUUUGUAUAUUGUUUCUAAUUUAUAGUUAAGGAAAAUUAAGUUCUAAUGUAUAUUUGUUUUCAAGAAUUAUAGUGAAAGGUGGACUUCACUACUAAACUACUUCACUACUAAACUAGUGUUACCAAUGUUAUGGGUUCAUCACACGUAUUAAUACUUAAAUGCAUGAUUUCAAUGCCAAUGGUCCAUUGGGUGAACAAGAAUUUAUUUUAAAAACCGUCAUAACCACAGAUAUCUUAUAUACACUAGGUAGCGCAUCUCUUUUAGUAAAAUUGAAGCCAAGAAUAUUCCAGCGGUUACCCCCAUUUGAAUAGAUGGCUUAAAAAACAACAAUAACUUUCAUCAUUUGAAUAGUUUGAAAAUGUAUUUGGAAUAGGUUUAACUUAAUGUUUAAGUUCCCUGUUUAUAAGAAAUAGAAAACAUACGAGUCUUCUCAUUUCAUGGGAAUACCAUGAGCCUGCAAUCACGGCUUCAAUUUUUGAAUUGCAGAAUAAUUAGAUGCACUAUCUAGUUUAUAUAAGAUAUCUAUGGUCAUAACAUUGGCUCUGCUAGACCAAUUUUAUUAAUCUUAUUGUCAAUAUUCAUCUCUCGGAUUAAAUUUUUGAUCACCUCUAAUAAUUAGCUGUGUCAAAACUAAAACAUAGCUUUGCAUUUUUAUCCGGACAGCUUAGCCUGUGUAUAAACUGUAUUAUGCUGUAAUACAGUAUGUGAAGAUUUGUGGCAUUGGUUGAGUUCAAAGGUCAACAAUGUUCUGACUUACGAGUAACGUAAACAAUUCACAUCACGCUCAGGAAUUGCCGUUAUUUUCAAGUCCUUGUCGCAUUUUAUUUGUUCUGUUGUACAUCAAGUGUCAAAGAAUAUUACCCAACGUUCGUUGGUCCAGCCAAUCAGAAUCUCAUUAAGUUUCGGUCGUAACAAAUCGAAAUCAACUACCCAGAUCUGGGUAGCGCUGCUGGGGGUCGACAAACAAUGCCACGAAUUUUCACAGACUGUAUUACAACAUAAAGGCCCAUUUUCACUCAAGAAAAUUUUCCAUGCACGGACAGAAAAUUUUCCGAAACUAUCAUUGUUAAAAGUUGAAAAUUUUCGACUUCAAAAUUUUUUUCCGACGGAAAAUUUGUGUCGGCCAAUCGCAUUUUACAAAAUUUUCUUUAUACAGACUGUACACAGGCUAGGACACUCUGAAUAAUGGAAAAAGUCCGGAUCAAUUUUUGACCACCAUACAUUAUUGUUUAUGCUGCAAUCCACCUAUAGCUAUAUUAUAAUUUUCUCGUACAUAGGAACUAUAUGAACGACGCAUUAAGAACAAACGUUUUUGUUCGAUACCAACCUGAAACCAUCGCUUGUGCUUGUAUAUUCCUUUCUGCUCGACAGUUAAAGGUAAUAUGUUUGUUUCCAACACUAGAUGCCUCGUAUCUUUAAUGUUGAAGGAUUUUGCAGAUGGGAAUUAGGAGUGUAAAUUUGAUACAUUUAUUACUACCUAACUUGGAACAGGAAAAUUCUUGAUAUUUACUCUUUAAUUUAACACUAUAUGGAAAAUAGACCAAUACAAUUAAUGCCAGAAACUGCAGGUUUUUAUGUUAUUUCCUUUCUUUUUGAAGAUUCCACUUCCGUCUCGUCCGCCGUGGUGGGAGUUAUUCGAUAGCAACAUGGAGGACAUUGAAGUAAGCUUAGCAGUUUUGUUGAUAUAAGUCUGAAAAUAACGCACCGCAGUAAACACGUUAAUUCUUAGUAUAACUUAACUUUGUAUCCCAUCCCAGGAAAAAUUUAGAACUGCAGCCCAUUUCGACAAGAACAAUGUCUAUUCAUUGUUUAUAAUAAAACAUGAUUUUCAUAUAGAACUGUAGAGGAAUCUGUAGAGGACAUUGAAGUUGGCUUAGUAGUUUUAUUGAUCGACCUAUAAUUGUUUAUACACUGCAGUUAUCAACAUAAUACAUCUAUUCAUUGUUUACAAUAAAUUCGUAGCAUUGUAUACUGUAGAAGACAUUGAAGUAAGCUUUGUAGUUUUAUUGAUCUAUCUAAAAAUAAUCCACCGGAGCAAACAAUAUUCACAAUAACUCUUUAUGCACUACAGUUGUCAACAUGCGUGGAUUCAUCUGUUCUUUGUGUCUCUUCGAUAAACAUCAUGACUUUAAAUGAUCACAUUUUUUUAGGAAGUGUGUAUUACGUUACUAAAGUUAUACCAAAGACCAAAGGUUAGCUAUAAUUAAAACGGAACAAUUUUAAUCCACACUGAUUUUCUAGUAUUACCGCCAUAAUCGUCAUUAGUAACUCCACCAUCAUCAUGGUCCCCAUCUCUUUAAUUAUAGCAAUAAUCAUCAUUUUCAUGACUAUUCUUACAACAACCACUCCAAUUACCAUCACCCCACCCCACCCCACCAACGUCGGUGCGGUACCUCCCGUCCUCCCAUCACAUCCGCAAUCAUAGCACCAACUAUUAUAUGGACUUGUUGCUACAACCACAUGGCCACUCCCGCCACCAUCAUUAGUACUUCGAGUUUUAUUGUAUUAUAAUGAUCUUCACCAUGCAGUAAUCGCGUCUUUUCCCCGCAGAUUUCGCUACAAACUCUGAACAAAGCUGUCGAUCAGUUGAAGAGAGCAAAGAAAAUUACGGAAUCAUUAACGAAUGCCGAUGGUAGUGGAAGCAAAAAGAAGACUAGUGGCUCUAAUUUCUCUCGCUCAGGUAUAAAACAACAGAAUAAACUUAUUAAAAUAAUUCGAACUAGCAACUCAUCAAAACCUGUCUCCUUCACAGGUUCACCGAAUUCCAAUCCAUCUCCCGCCCAGGGCGAAAGCUCUAAAGCUCGUACUAGCGAUGCCAAGAAAAAUGGAAGCACAAAAUCUGGAAGGUGAGUGUAGAAGGGUAUUGAGGUAUUCUACCUGGAAACAUCUCAAAAUGUGGUGUGUCGACAUCAGGAAAUUAGCCUGCGAUAGAGUAGUGUCCUGACAUACACAGUUGUUUGUACUGUUUAGCGGGUUGAUACGAUAGGUCAAGGAAUAUAAUUCUUUAGUAAUAAUUCCCGUGGACUCCCAAGUCACAUUUUCAGGCCAGGGUGCGAUAAAUCGCGCGCUUACAACCGGAGGUACGCCGGUAUUCCUAUCUGGUACUUCCAUGUUUUCAACCAUGCAGGUAGGUACGUGGGAUUGUUGCUAACUGCGUAGUUGCUUUUUGCUGGUACCACAUAACUACAUGACCUUUCCAAGCCCAAGGUAUUCAAUACCGUAACUUAAUUCUGUUAGUAGAUCAUGUGUCUGACAUGCCUUAGCAUGAAACAUGAUUGGACUGAUGGGACUAAGAAAUGUUGGGGUCGAUUGUUUGUUUAUGCAAUUGUACUUUUUGCCUCGUACUCUGAAUAUACUUUUCAGAAACCUGUACUUUAUGUACUGUAUUUUAAAAACUUUAGGUCACAUUCAGUAUCGUGUUUAUACUAGCGCAAGUACACGGCAAUAAUCAUUGGCGUACCAGUCAGGUACGAUUAAACAUCUGGAAUUAUCAGACAGGGUCUUACAUACGUAGUUAGGACUGUUCUGAUAAUGUUAACAUCGAAUGGAACAAACUAACCAUGCACUAACCAAGCAUUAUCAUAUAGGAAGGACUGCACUGUAGUGUAGCUGAUUCGGUAUAUUACAUGUAAAUUUAUAUUCUUUUCUGUAGUCAAGAAUCGAAGACAUCCAGCAAGAAAUCUAGCAAAACGCAGCUCGCGCGAAAAGACAAUAGUAAAGGUCAAAAAGCGGCAAAACGGCCGCGCAGUCCUGCAAGCGAUAAAUCCCACAGUGCUUCGGGUAGCGACACCGAAACUGACGUGAGCAGCGAAAGCAAUUCUGAUAGCGGUGACAGCGGUAGCUCGCACGAAGACAGCCGCAAGCGAAAAUCCAAACUCGCACGACGACAAACUAACGACGGUCGGCGAGAGAAACGCGACGAUGUACGACCGGUUAAAAAACUGCAAAAAUCAAAAAGCGAUACGAACGCUAACCGCAAACCGCGCGAAAGAAGCCGAUCACCUCAUCGCCGUAGUCGAAGUAAAAGCCGAGAUCGACGGAAUUCGAAACUCAAGGAUAAGCAUGUACGUCGAGUGGAUAACCAGGACUCUAGGGGGAGAAAUGGGGACUAUAAGGUAUCAGAUAAGCGGGAACGAAGGGAAGCAAGGUAGUACAUUUGGGGCUAUUUGAGUGGUUGCUGUUUUAUGUUGACCCAACUAAUUUUGUGCAGUAUCCGUUUCAAAUUGUUAUUUAGGUGCAGUUCUUUGUUUUGCUACAGAGCACCCUAACAGCCAUGUCUCACUUUGGCGAAUAUUUAGGCCUACGAGUAGGUAUUUCUCGUGGGCAUUUUAACAAUUUGUGCACUGGAUAAGCUAUAAAAAAUUCCAGAAUACAGAAUACGUAAUUUACAUUCUAAAUUAGGUCUAGUCUGUUAUUCGAAAUUACACCAUAAAAGGAUGUUUGUACGCCAUUUAUAUUUGGUAAAUACUUUAGAACGUUUAAUCAUAGAGAUAUGAUACUAUUUCUACAUUCAUACUUGAAAUAUAUUUUGAUGUCUUGGGAGUUAAAUUUGCUAUUUCUCUACAUAAUACAUGUCAGAAUUUAUAUUGUUCUUUUUAAUUCUUUUGCAUUCCAUACUCGAAAUAUUUUUCUCGUUAAAUUUCUUUUUUGUGUCCAGUAAAUUCCUUCAUUGCUUCAUCCAGCUCAGUGAAUCUCAUUAACACAUCCAUCAGCUUCUGCGGCAGCAAACUAAAUUAAAAGA